GAGGAUCUGAGCAGGUGAGCUGAAAGUGCACACCUGUCACUUAUUAGCAGCCUGCUGAUUCAAGCCCCGGCCUUCUUUUUAAUAAACGCGACCUACUUUCCUUUGCUGGAAUUCCAAACAACAUGAACUCCUUACAGUACUCGUUCGUCUUCUUCAUCCUGGUGCCUCAUGUCAUAUCGCUCGGACGCUGCAACGAUAUUUCCUUCUCGUUGUGUUGGAUGAGCAAAGGGAAUGCUCUGGACAGGAAAAAUGGAGACCUAUGGCUCAAUGGCACAUCAUUAAAAUCCAUCAGAAAGGUGGGCAAAGUGACUUCUGUGACUCUGUCCCCGGGUGUAGAAAACCAGCUAACCCUCCAAUAUGGUGGCUCUGUCCAGGCAUGGACUCUAACAGUUCCACAAAGCGCACGAACAAAGUUUACUAAAAUCAGAGGCCGAAGGCAGCCGCUACAACAUCCAACAAAUGCCACUAAGGAUUUCCUCAAGUUGUUGAGUCCCACGGAAGUGUUUGCAUGUGAAAAUGGAACGGUAUACUUCCACCAGGAGGAAAAUUUCUUCCUUGCUUUGGGUCACACAAUGCGCUUCGCUUUCAAACUGGUGUCCCGCAGUCCCUCCAUGUUGCUGGUUUCCUGGGAGAGGAAUCAACCAGAUGUCAUCUAUAGUCACAAUGUGACUUUGUACCAUGUUGAACUAGGCUCCUAUAACACGCAUACUUUGGAUGUUACCACUCACAACCACUACCGCUUCUCUGCUCUGGACCCCUGCACCUUCUACAUGGCCUGUGUAGAGAUUGCAGACACUCUCUCCUUAGCAUGCCUCUCUACUAUUACUGAUCCAGAUGUUCCAGAGAACUUUGAGGUUACAUCAUGGAAUAGCAGCAGCAUUUCUUUAUCCUGGGACUGCCCUAUGAACCGCAAGUACUCCGUCUUCCUUCUCACUGCCUUCUACAUCAACGGUACAAAUCACAUCAGAGAGGAGGUCUCUUUUUGGCACAAAGAUAACUUUGAGGUCAGCUUGUCUGACCUGCAGCCCUGCAGCAGAGUGAAGUUUGGCCUACAGACUGUUUGCCAGGCAGGAAUCGAGUCCCGCUACAGCAAGAUGGUCCUGAAUAACGGAAACUCUUUCCAUUCCAACAUUGAGGACUUGCGUCAGACAUUGUUUGGCCCCACCAACUACACCCUGAGCUGGGAGGUGAGGAACACCUCUUCCAUCUCCAUGUUCAGAGUGUUUCAUGAAGGUGUGCUGCAGGGCACUACUCUCAUGAACAGCUACACUGUGGGGGGGCUGCUGCCGUGCCGACAGUACCAGGCCAGGGUGGAGGCACUUUGUGGAGAUGGUGUGCUCAUGAGUGCUAAGACGAUCAUAGCACAUACAGGACCUCACGGUGUGUCUGAGCUGACGUACCACUCUAAUGACUCUACUGCUGUGUGGAAACCUAGUGGCCCACAGCAGCAAGCUGGGGCCUUCAUAUAUGAGCUGUCCCUGAAGAACGGCACUACCAUCAACAGCAGCCGUGUGUCAGUCACAAAGCUACGCCUCCUAGGGCUGGAAGAAGGGAGAACUUAUGUUCUCAAUGUGUGGGAAGAAUGUGACAACCAGCUGGAGUCUGAACAUUCGCAUUUGUUUUUCAUGGCAGCCAAUUCCUCUUCAGAGCUCCGUAUGAGGGCUGGUGGACCUGCUCACGACAUGGAACUAGAGUUAGAUUAUGACAACAUGGGUCUCACAGUGGUUGUACCUUGGAAGCUGCCUGAGGAUCUAGACAACGGCGCAUCAGAAGCUAAAGAUAAAAUAGAGGAGAUCUUCAACAAUAAGCUGCAGGAGCUAUUGAAAGAUAAGCCAGUUCGGAUAAAGUUGGACUCUUUUGAACCUGCAGAUGAGCCAGGCAAAACAAAGAUUUUCUUCACGGCUUUUGAUGCCUCCCAUACUACAGAAAAUGUGCCCGUACCUAUUGAAGAUCUUCUGUAUUACACUGGCUCUCUAAAUGCCACCAACAUCACUGUUAAAAGUGGAGUCAUUUACUGGGAUGGUCCAGACCUGUGUGCUUCCAAGCAGCCUUUAUGUUCUCACAAUUCUCUGUGCAUCAACACUCUGGGCUCAUUUUCUUGUGUAUGCCAGCAUGGUUAUUAUGACGUCAGCUCUGUGACUGAGCGUGCUCCAGCUUCACAUCCAGUCUGCCAAGAAAAAGGUCUCUUCAGCCGGUGUCUGGAUAAAUUGAUGGCUGGUGGAAUAGCAAAGCCCUACCUGCAUUCUCGCAUGGGAGGAGCAGUUGCAGUAAAGCUGAAUGAUGGUCGCUGCAUUGUGAAUGAGACAGAGACACUGUACUACUUCCGCACCUCACGAAAAGUCUCUGAAUGUGGAAGUGAGAAGCAGGUUAACAAAACUCACAUCAACUUCCAGAAUUCUCUGACUGUCACUUUGACCAAAGGGCAGACGAUCAGCAGGCAGGACCUAAAAGUGGUGUGGAAGUGUGUUUACCCACGACAUUAUGUCCGCAAUGCUCAUGUCAGUGUGAAUAUGGAAUGGCUCACGUCCAUGACUUUGGUGGAGUUUAACUCGUCAGUGCACCUGGGCCUGAAAAUGACCUUGUAUAGGGAUGAGUCUUACACAAACAGUUACAGGGAUGCCAUAACCCUGGAACUUGAGGACACACUGUUCUUCCAGGUGGCCCUGGAGACAAACGGCUCUUUUGCUGUAGACCUGCUCCUGCAGGUGAAGUCGUGCUGGACGACUGAGAGCAUCGACCCUCACGACCCUACCCAGGGCGUACUUUUGCAAGAUGGCUGUCCUGUUGAUCCCACUUUCCACUGGCUGUCUGUGAACGGUCUGGCACAUAGAAGCAGGUUUUCCAUUCAGAUGUUCAACAUGCCUAAGAAGUUACCUCUUUACUUUCACUGCCUGGCCAGCAUAUGUGGACAUGAUGAAGACUGUCGACUGAACUGCACUGGCAAGCAGCACACAAAGAGGUCAAUGAGUCAAAUGGAGAGUGAGGGGAAACAAGCUGCUGUCGUGUCUGCUGGACCUUUGAUUGUCAACACAAGAGUGAAGUCAGCUCCACCGUCUUACUGGGCAGAGUACAUGACUGUAAUCACCAUUGUGGCUGGAUCAAUAGGCUUUCUGGGAGUAACUGUGCUCUCAGUGAGUGCUACUAAAGCAAUCAUGGCUUACUAUGAACAGCUACGGCCCCAAUAAAGUGUCUGAAACAGUA